UUUAGAGUCGUGUUACAUAUGUUGUCUCCCUCUGAUUAGGGUCUGGCUAAAAUCUCGUUUCCGCAGUGAGUACUGUUCAGUACUCAGUCACUAACUGCGACUCGCUCCUGAUCAGCCGGCAGAGAUGCAGAAUCUCCCUGUUGAGCUUCAGCUUCAAAUUGCCAGCUUCUUGGAUGUGGAGACGAUCCUUUCUCUGCGCAAGACGUGCACAUCGUUGUCUCAAUUCACCCAUGCCCGCAGCUUAUGGCUCAGUUUAAUGUCUCGGAUGCCCCAUGCCCUCCCGUGGCCACGUUCUGAGUCGGACACUGCCACACUGUCGAGUUUGCAGUUGGAACACAUGAUCAAAACUGCAGUGCGCGUCGAGCAGAUAUGGCUGCUGCCGAGAAAGGACUCUUUCCUCGUCCAGGAUCGAUAUGAUUCAGACGACACCGUUGGAAACUCGAUUCCUCGUAUCCGGCAUUUAGCUUUUAUCUUCGACCAAUAUUUACUGGCCUUGGGGUCUGAGGGAAAAAUCAACUUGUGGAAAAUUAGUGAUGUUUUCGCACCUUUCGCUGCGGAGGUUGUCGUCACAUAUGCUUCCUCGACCUGGUAUCCGUCCGCAUAUCAUUUGAAUGCAGUUGGCUCUGUGCUCGCCAUUGUAUUGACGCAUGUCGAACUCAUCGCUGCGAGAGUGUUAACCAUCUCUCUCGAUGCUCUUAAUUCUUCAGAAUCAGGUUCUCCACGUCUAGUCACUCAAGGAGAAUUUUCAAUCUUUCCACCCCAAGUCAUCAGAGCGAUUGAUGCCGACUUGGAACUCGCUUUGCUUUCUAACACGGCCUCAUCUUUUGAUGUUGUGAACUGGAGAACCAAAGCGCAAGCUACAGUGGCCCUUCGCGCCAAUGAUCCCGGAGAUUUAUGGAAUGGCAUCACCGCCAUGCGAAUUUGUGGGCCAUAUAUCCUGGUGUUUCGAAUGCACACCGUUGAGGCGUAUCCUCUCCCGCCGCAUAUAACUUUUGGAGUUGAAGAGCGUUCUGACAUUCUACCCCAACUCACAUUCAGAUUCCCACACACGAUGACCUAUCGUCGUGUAUCUCUCACGAGGAAUACGUGUGCCGAAGACGAUGAACCCGAAAUUUAUGAGCUAUCUGCACUCGCAAACGAUCUCUUCCAUGGAAUAUUUCAUUUCCAUGUGAAGUUAACAGUGCAUCCCUUGCCAUCAUUGUCGGUCUCGCCUCUGGGAGUCCGACCCAUGGCAAUCACUUCACCCCAAUUUAUCUCGGCAACACUGCCUGUAGAUUUCCCUCCUCCACUGGCGCUUCCAGUCCCGUUUGGAACUGUGCAGGACACAAGGACAUUUGUAUCAGUUUGGGCAUUGGGAGACCACGGAAGACGCGGGGUCUGGGUGGCAAGGUCUAGGACCAACAUGAGCCGUAGCGUUGUGGCGUUCACGAACCCUCGGGAUGUUAGCAAUACCGUAGGAGAAGCUCGAAUAUGGAGUAACGAUUCACUGCAAGCAAACGACGACCCAGAAAGGCCAAGGCUGAUCGAUGGCCAAGUGAUUCAUAAUAUACCGUUACGAGAUGACAUUACAGUAUGCGCUGUCUCAGAAACUACGGGAAAAAUAGCGCUUGGAUCUUGGGCAGGAUCAAUAACUAUGAUUUGAAUAUCUUGCUCUUCUACUCUAGUUUGUACAUUCGUACCCGAGAGCAUCAAGUAUAAUACCUUCGUUAGACGUGACAUACUCCUCACUCGCUGGUGCCCUCUACUCACAAUCUCUGUAACCCGUUGUCCGUGAGGCUGGACAUGUCUAACAUACAAUCAAGAAAGGUCCGGUAUCAUGGGGGACAUAAUAGAUAAACGAACGUCAAACGAGUAUGGGAAUCCAAGAUCAUACUGCCGGUUCCGAGCUCACACGCGAACUACUCUGCGUAGAGACCUUAGUAUCAUUUCCUAGCCCCAGAGCUACAGGUUGGGGUCCAACUGUAUCAAAUGUUGCCAAGUCCAUA